AUGGCGGAGACUGUCAUUAGUGUUGUGCUAGGCAAGCUAAUUCCAGUUGCUACUGAGCAGAUCAGCCUUGUUUGGGGGUUCGAGGAGCAGCUGAAAGAACUUCAAGACUCAUUGACCACGAUUCAAGCUGUGCUGGCUGAUGCGGAGAGAAGGCAAGUGAAAGAAGAGUUUGUGAAGCUUUGGAUGCGGAGGCUGAAAGACGUUGCUUAUGAUGUUGAUGAUGUGCUGGAUGAGUUUGCUUAUGAGAUUCUCCGGCGAAAGGUAGAGAUCCGAAACCAAAUGAUGAGAAAGGUAUGCUUCUUCUUUUCAUUUUCAAACCCUAUUGCAUUCCGAAUCAACAUGGCCAACAAAAUUAAGGCUAUACUCAAAUCUUUGAAAAAGAUUAUUGAUAAUGCAAAAGAAUUUGAAUUUGCUAGCACGGGAUCAAUAAAUGCAAUUCCUGAGGUCUCUCCAAACCGAGAGACAGAUUCCUCUCCUGAGGGUGCAGAGAUUGUAGGAAUGGGAGGUCAUGUCUCAGAAAUAGUAGACUUGAUGCUUAAUGCAACCAAUGAACAACUGUCAGUCAUUCCUAUAGUGGGAAUGCCGGGUUUGGGAAAGACAACUCUGGCAAAACUAGGGUAUAAUCAUGAGCAAGUACAGAGGAGUUUUGAUAAAACAAUAUGGAUAUGUGUCUCCAAUGAAUUUGAUGAUAAGAAGAUUUUGAGAGAGAUUCUUGAAUCCCUUACCCAGAACCCAUGUGCGUUGCAAACGAAGGAUGCAAUAGUCAAAAGUCUAAAAAAAGAGUUGCAAGAAAAAAGAUAUCUUCUCGUUCUUGAUGAUGUUUGGAAUGAAGAUGAUAGGAAAUGGGAUGCUUUAAGGAGUUGUUUGUUAGGAAUUAAUUCAUCUGCAGGAAACAAUGUUAUUGUAACAACCCAUAGUGACACAGUGGCGAGGAUCAUGAAGACGAUUCAUCAGCAUGACAUGGAAAAACUCUCAGACGAUGAAUGUUGGUCCAUAAUCAAGAAAAGAGUAUCUACAAAAGAAAGAAUUCCACUAAGUCAAGAUCAGGAGGAUAUUGGAAGGGAGAUUGCUAAAAGAUGUCAAGGGAUUCCAUUAGUUGCAAGGGUUUUAGGAGGGACAAUGUCUAAUAAGAUUGAGGAAAGGGAAUGGUUGGCAAUUCAAAACAGUGAGGUUUGGAGUUCCUUGCAUGGUGAAAAUGAAAUCUUAUCAAUACUAAAAUUAAGCUUUGAUCAUCUUUCACCAUCUCUAAAAAGUUGUUUUUCAUAUUGUGCAAUAUUUCCUAAAGAUUAUGAAAUGGGAAAGGAAGAACUAAUUCAACAUUGGAUGGCUGAAGGGUUCCUUCAACCAUCGCAAGGAAAUUCUUCUGAGAUGGAAGACAUUGGUAACGACUAUUUUGAUAUUUUGUUGGCAAAUUCCUUAUUCCAAGAUAUAAUAAGGGAUGAUUUUGGUGAUAUACUAAGUUGUAAGAUGCAUGAUCUUGUCCAUGAUAAGUUUGAAGUCAUGAACGAGACAUUGUUCCUUACGAUAAAGCGUACACAAGGAAGAGGUUCUGGAAAUGGCAUUCAAGGAGGCAAAAAUGUACUCAAAAAACCAAGCCUUAUUUGGUCUGGGAAAUCUGAGAAACACGCAAAGAUUCCAUCUUUUCAUGAUUUGGAGCAAAACACAGAUGCCAAAUUCUUGCAUAUUUGUGCUAAUGAAACCAUUCAGGGUGUGGAAUACAAGGACUACCCAAGUCCUAAAAACGGUAUCUUGGUGGCUGAUGUGUUCUCAAAUUUCUGUUCCAAGCCAGUGGAUGUGUCUAAGUUUGGUUUCAUAUAUGCUGGAGCCCAGAAGAAUGUGGGGCCAUCUGAAGUCACCAUUGUGAUCAUCAAGAAAGAUCUGAUUGGGAAUGAUGGGAUUUACAUGUGUGGUUUGGCGUUUGAGGAUUUGUUGGAUCAAGGAGGGUUGGUUGAGGUGGAGAAGAAGAACAAGAAGAAAGCUGAGAUUCUGUACAAUGCUUACGAUGGGAGCAAUGGGUUCUAUAGGUGCCCUGUGGAGAAGUCUGUGAGGUCAUUGGUGAAUGUGCCUUUCACUUUGGAGAAGUCAGGGUUGGAGAUUGAGUUUAUUAAGGAAGCAGCUAAGGAGAAUAUAGUUCAGCUCAAGCAGCAUAAGUCAGCUGGGGGUAUGCGUGCUUCUAUAUACAAUACUAAGCCAUUGAUUGGGGUUGAGAAAUCAGUUGCUUUCAUGAAGGAUUUCCAGGCAAGGUAUGCUUGA